AUGGGAAAAAUCACCUUCUACUGCAACAUCUGCGGUGGCCCACUGUCGUACUAUGAUCUCCGCAAGGCUUCCACGGCCUGGGAAGGCGAAGACCUCAGCCUCUGCUACGAGGAUGACUGUGACUGCGAGGCUGGGACCAGACCAGAAGCUGAAGGCGAUGAGGAUGGAGAAGAUGACGAGAACUCCACCGCGGCGUGUGAACAUGAUAGUUAUUGCGCAUCCCUCAGGGGAUACAGCGGGCACUUGAUAUCUGAGAAGGAUAUCUUGUGGCUGGAGAAAGUGAGAAUGCUGCGUCCUAGGGAUUCCCGGAGUGACAAGCAUGAUGAAAUGCAGGAUGAUGAUGAUGCGUACUAUAUCACUGAAAUUGGCAGCUAUGAUCCGUGUUCGCGACCAUUAGAGCCGCGCCGGGUGUAUCUCGCUAUGCAGGCUCGACUAGGGGAUGACAUGGAGACAUCCAUCGACUGGGAGGACAGUAGAGUCUAUGGUGGUACGGAAGACUUUCAAUCGCAAGAGUGGGAAGCAGAGCCAGGGUAUGAGUGGUUAGUUGCGGACCCAUUGAAGCCAGUCGACAUCGCUGAGCUCGUCUCUGCCUCAAAGAGUUCAAACCGAGGCUCGACGAAUGCAAUUGUAAACAGGGGCGCCCUAGAAUUAUCGGGUGUAGAUCCAUUUUCAAGUCUACCAUGGGACAUCCGCUAUAGGAUUCUGCAAAUGCUCCCUUCGCCGUCCGUCAUCAAUCUGGUCAUUGCCAGUACCGCAUUUCGUGGAGCUACCCGAGACCUGCCUGAUCACUUUUGGAGAUUACGUCUGGGCUAUGAUUGUCCAUGGAUUGACCAAGACUCAAUUCGGCAGAACAUUGCUCAAACAGGCGGACAGGUUAAUUACAAGGAUCUCAUUCGUCUCGUCAAGGAAGCUGCAGCAAAGCCAGAAGACGGAAUAAACGAAGACCAGGAUAGCUGGUUGAACCUCAGAAAUCGCCAUCGGAUCUGGACCUGCUGCGAGGUUAUCCUCGGGAAGUUGGAAGCAAAAUCGUGGGUCCCCUUUCAAUCAAAGUGCGAGUCUGGCGAGAUCUGA